AUAAUGUCAGCCAUGUACGAAUAGAAUUAAGUUUAAACUACAAUUUAUUGCACAUACAUUAAAAUGUCGUGUAACUGAUAACAAUAAUUUAUACAAUCUAAUUAUAUUCGUAUUUGUGUUUACUGGUAAUAGAAAUAAGGUACAAUUAAGCAGUGAAUUAAAAUUGUAUAAUAAGGAAUUCUUGUAUUCCUUUUUUUGAUUUAUUUUUACGAUUGAUAUUAUUUUAAUAAAAGAUAUCAUCGUAAUCAGUUAAAUUCGAGCGUUCCUAUUUAUAUUCUGAUUUUUAACAAUUUGUGUGCAUUAAGUAACAGAAAUGUUGCAAAAUGUAAUGAUUCUUGAGAAAUUUGCCGUAUGUUCUUUUGAAAUAUGUAAAAAUAAAAAGUGAACGUAUAAGUGAAAUUUGAUAUUCGCGCUUGGCAACUUAUUUGCGGAUGUGUUCAUUGGUGUAUAUGUAUACAAGCGAAUGACAGCGAAUGACAGGGAGCUGUUAGGGAGGGAAAGACAAUUUAGUAUAUUAACGGAUAAAAAUGUCAUUAGAUAGGUCAAUUGAUUUUAAGUAACUAUCAGGUUGUACUUUAUUCUUUCACACAGUCCCAAAUGUACGUAAAGGAACAUUAAUAACCAAGAUGCAAAGAACUAAAGUAAACCGUAAUUUCUGAGUAGUAAUAAUUUGUACAUAUUGUUAUGUUCAAGUAUGUAUACAUGUACUUAUUUUUACUUAAUGCACCAAUAAUUUGUUAACCUAUUUGAAGUAUUAAUAAUAUAAAGCUUUGACGGUAUUGUAUUAUUACUGCUAGCAAUCAGUACCAACAAAUUCUUUAAAUAUAAUAUAGAAAUUUACUGUAAACAAUGAUUGUUGGGAGAAUUUUGCUGUCUACCCUUGCAAGAGCACCAUUAAUUUCUUAUGGACCACCACAGCUAUUAAGGCAGAAACAAGAUUUGGCUCUAUCUUUACUGGUGGGUAAAGUGUCCAAUUAUCACGUAACAAAGAAUAUUGAACAUAUUGUACAAGAUAAGCGAAUUAAAAACCACAAUGGAAUAAUUCAGCAAUAUAAUAAUGUGAAAAAUAGGCCACUGUUAAUUUUACUUAGCUGGUUAUUAUCAAAACGUAGACAUGUUAUGAAAUACAUGAAUUUAUACAAGGAACAGGGUUUUGAUAUUGUAGUAAUAUCAAUUACCCCUUGGCAACUAAUGUGGCCUACGAAAGGAUCCAGGCUAGUUGCUGCAGAUCUAUUAGAAUUCUUAGUAAAACAUAAAAAUUAUGAACAAAUACUAUUACAUGGAUUUUCGGUGGGUGCAUAUAUGUGGGGAGAAAUAUUAGAUUUAAUAAAGAGCGACCCUGAAAAAUAUAGUAAUAUAAUUGAUAGAAUUGUUGGUCAAGUAUGGGAUAGUGUGGCUGAUGUAUCUGAACUGUCAAUAGGCACACCACGAGCAUUGUUUCCAAAAAACGAGAUGUUACAAAAUAUGCUACAAAAGUAUAUGGAGUAUCAUUUAAGAACAUUUUACAAACAAUCUACUCAAUAUUAUAUACGUUCUAGUCAAUUAUUUCAUACAAAUUUGGUACAUACUCCAGCAUUAUUUCUCAUGAGUAAUACAGACCCUGUAGGUUCGGUAACUAGUAACAUGAGAGUACGUGAUACGUGGGAUACGUUGGGUGUAAAGACUUAUGUUAAAAUAUUUGAAAACUCUCCACAUGUUGGGCAUUAUCAAAAAUACCCAAAAGAAUAUGUUGCUGAGUUGUAUGCCUUUUUAACUAAAUUAAACUUAAUUAAAAAUGAAGAAAGAAUGAUAUCACAUUUAUGAAUGUGAUAUAUUAUGUUUAAUCAAUUAUAUUAUAAUAUAGCAUUAUAUUUAUCAAAUAUAUAAUCAUUUGAUACGUAUUUAAUUUCUAUAGAAAUGAAUUUCAGGAUAAACAAGCGCCAAAAUGGGUAUUAAUAAUUAAUUAGAACUUUUGACUUAAUUGUUUAGGGCUGUGUUUUAUUGGCUGUAAAUGAAAAUACAACUGUGCAAUGAUGAAAAAUAUAGUAAUUCAAAUUCAUGAUAAUUACAUAAUUAUUGAAGUGUUCAUUCGAAAAGAUAUAUGGAUGAAUUAUAAUUAUACUUUUUUUUAAAUUUCAUAUUUAUAUGCAUCAACACUUAUUUCUUAUUUACAAUUAUCUUAAUCUUUAUAGAGUACAGAAUUGCACAGUAUGUGAUACAAAUACGUGCCUUUUAUAUAAUAAGUAUGGAUAUGUAGUUAUAAAAAUAGUUGAAAACGGUAUCAAUCUUUGUAAUAUGUACAUCUUCAAAAGUAAUAAGAUCUAAUUAUAUUUUACUUAUUCGUUUUUA